AUGGCUGCGAAAAUUGCCAAGGCUACUCCUGCUACGGACACCCCAAUUUAUUUCUGGAAACCAGAGCAGGAGCAUGGCUACCUGAGCCCUUGGUACCACACACAAUUCAAAUCAGUUGAACAGAAUGGCAGCACGUUUGCUUAUCAGAGUACGGAGCAGAAAGGACUAUUGUUUGCUCCCAAUUCCCCUGUCACACACGAAAUUCUCAAGACCAAUUCACCUGCGGAGCUACGGUCACUUAGCCAUAAAAUUCCAAACUUUGACGAGGCCGCAUGGGCCAAGCAACAGAUCAGUGUUAUAACCAACGGAAACUAUCUUAAGUUUACUCAGGAUCCCGGACUAAAGGGGUUACUUCUUGGGACCGGGUCACGCGAGCUGGUCGAAGCUAAUCCGUACGACCGCGUUUGGGGAAUCGGAUACGAUGCCAAAGAAGCGCCCACUCAUCGUAACCGUUGGGGCGACAACCUCAUGGGAAAGGCUCUUAUGAGUGUUCGAAAAGCAAUCAAGUCGGGCGGACAUCCGGAAGUUAUCCGCCCAACCGUAACCUUUGAUAGUGGGAUCUACUUUAACACCCCAGAGCAAGACUAUGGGUUCCUCAGCAGAUGGCACGUUUCUCGGUUUACUUCUAGUCGCUUCACUUAUCGUACGGUGCAACAGUAUAUGGCUCACCGGAAAGGAUUGCUUUUCGCCCCCACUUCGUCAUAUACUGCUGCUAUCCUAGAUACUACCAACCCCAGUGCUCUACUCAAACUCAGCGGCCAAAUUCCCGGCUUCAAUGAGAGUGUAUGGCAACGCGAGAGGAUACGCUUGUUGAUGACUGCCAAUUGGCUACGAUUUACUCAGGAUUCGUCAAUGAAGGCUCGGUUACUUGGAACCAAGAGUCGGGAGUUAAUCGAAUCUGAUCCAAAUGAUAGGUACCUGGGGGUUGGUUACGAUGUAGCCGCGGCACCCAUAAGCCGAGCAAAAUGGGGCUCAAAUAUUCACGGGAAGGUGCUCAUGCAGGUGCGGAAGUUGAUUGCAGACUCUGAGGCCAGCUUGGUUGCUAUCGCCGAUAAAAUCAAGUAG